AUGUCAGAAAUGUUACGACAGUUCAUAAUAGUUUUGGUUGGUGUUAUAUUCCUUAUGUUAUUGGGAAUAGAAAGGAGUUUAGUAAGAGCUGACGAUGAUGACAAUUUAGACCUUUAUCCAGAUGGUAAGACACAAAUAUUUUUAUUUUAAGGUUUAUUUUAGGGUAAACUGACUCAGUACAAACCAUUGCACAUGGCUAUAUUUUUUGACAAUUCGUUACAGGACGAGACGAUUUCUUUGAGGUCCAUUUUUUAAAUCCAUUUUUUCCCAAUGCAUCUGUCGUCUAUAGUUUUAAGUCUAAAUUAAAAUAAUUUCUUCCACCUUGUUAUGGAUAAAAUAUAUCUUGGUCUAUAUAUAAUAUAACGUAAUCGGAAUACUUAAAAUAAUUCAAUAUCCUUAAGUCGCCUUAUAUCCUUUAAAGUUGAAAUUUAAUGCCAAAUUUGUCAACGAGGGAGCCUAAAUCCAAAAUAAGCUUUAUACAGCAGGUUUCAUUCUGGAUUUCUUCGCCACUAAUUAAUUGUAAAUUAAUCAUAUGUACGGUACAGUAAUAUAUUGUAAAAUGUGAAUUAUGAAAACGUGAUAAAUUUCUCAAAUUUAAAUUCUUACAGAGGAAACGAUGAAAUAGCAAUUUGGCUUUAAUUUUAGCUAGCAACUGACAUUCAUUGAGAUCGUUUUAUUAGCCGACCCGAUUAAAACAAUUGAAAAUUAGUUACCUCUUAAUUCUUUAAAUUUAAAAGAAUGAAGCAACUCUAUCCUAAUGAAAAAAAAAUGUUUUAUGUCAGAAAUUUGAAUAUUAAUUAAAUUUUCUGAAGACAAUUAAGAUAGAUCAAAAGAAAUCUGCAUACUGGCUUUCGUUAUCGAAUGUACAGCAUGAUGCACAUUUUUUUAUAGAAUUUGAAAUGGCAAUAUAAUUUAAACAAUUACGCUUUUUAUGAGGAUUUGAUUUUACCCUUCUAAAGUCGGCAAAUCCCAUAUUUCAAUGCAUGGCUUUAUUAGCUCUCGAAACUGGCAACUACAAUCUUUGACAGCAUUCAUUGGGACAAUCUAAUUUUAGCAAGCAUUCACAUGUAUAUUAGCAUUUUUUGAAACAUUUAUUUUUCUCCCGCCCCCUCGUCCCUCCUCCGAAAUUUUUAAUUAUUUAUUUAAGUCGAGCAAUGUCAUCAACACGUUUCAACAUUACCGUUUGGUUGAGGGUUUAAAUAUUCAAAAUUUUCUCGAGCAACCAUUUCUCUGAACUCUCUAGUAGGUUCAGUCCUGCUACUUCUGAAAGAACACAUUAAAGUUCAAAAGCUAUACGGAUAUAGGUAACCAUAAAACGCAAUAUAAAAAGCCAGCUCUUUGAGGCAGUCCCUUGCCAAUGAGAUGAUGAGAAAGCACAGUUUAUGUUGCAUAGUUUUCGGCAGAUAUAUCAGGUUUCUAAAGUUUCUUUACACUGUUUAGAGCCUAACAGCAUUACAGGAAAGACAGGGAGCAUAAGCAACGUUCGUAUUUUGCUCCUGGACGUAACGUGUUUAAAUAAAUUAUUCAUUCAUUCAUUCAUUCAUUUAUCAACACGGGCAUUUGGUGGCAUUUUGGUUGUAUUAGGCCGAGCAUUUGACAAUUAGUUGUUCAAUUAUCAGCAUACAUCUACAGUACAAGCAGUACGUAAUUACAUCGCUAUUAUAUUUGGUCAGUUCUGCAACUUCUGUGAUAUGUGCUUUAUUGAUGCACAUGCGUAAUUUAUCAUUUAUGUAACAUAUAAACAUUAUGCAAUGUCCUCAGGUUGAUCAGGUAUAUUUUACGAUAUCAGAUAUGUCCAUUGCUAGCUUAAUAUGAAAUAAUCCUACCGGCCUACAUUCAUAUUAUAGCUAUAUUCACCUGACUGUGUCACUACAUUUCAUGGUAUACUAGCCUCUCUCCUCCGCAGAGCCUCCUUAAGUAUUUACAAAUAACUUACAUGAAGUUUCUGAAUAAAAGUGAGCGCGCGGUGUGAUGGGAAGAUUGAAAUGAAGUUGGGGAGGCUCUGCCAGAUAAUGCGACGAAGUAUGGCUUUUGAACCAAACUAACUGUUUGACCUUUUUUAAACUUGAAAUCGACGGAAUUGUGAAAGAAAUUGGAAUGAAUCUUCAUAAUUUGAGUAUCGAAGUUCAAUAGAGUCAUUUUUAUAAAGAAAUGUUGCAAUUAAGAGGAUAUUUAUAAUUAGUUAGCUCGUACCUAUUGAUAUUCGUCUGACAUUUCUCAAUAUUUCUCGAUGCAAAUGGACGGAAGAAGAUGUUAAUAUUUAAUUCACCCCAGGAUACUCAAGUACGCCUGAAAAUGAAAGUCGGAAACAUGUUUUAACACCCUCGAUGGUUGAUCGAACUUCGCUACAAACGAUUAUAUACGACGCCAUAUUGAUUGCAUUAACUCGCAGAGGCUUCCUUCAUUUAGCUCUUCCCAUCACUCCUUGCGCGCUCACUUUUCCCUCACUAGAAACUUCUUGUAAGCCUCUGCGGAGGAGAGGUGUACUAGCUAUAUUCAAAAGAACGGUGUCUUCUGAAGCUGGCGUAUUAAACAAAAACGUCAACAAAUAUAGAUUUUGUCUACACGUCAGGGUAGCCUUGGACCAAAUAUAGGGGUAGCCUUGGGACAACUAGUGUCUCAGUAUUUCUAUAUAUAAAUGAAAUUGUUUUAAAUUCUACAUGUCCAAUGAUGAAUCCCAUGGCCAAGUAUUAUUAUAUUUUCCUUGCGAUAGUAACUUCUAGUUAUAAUAUAGGUGAUGUAAAUAAGUAUAUAAUAAUAGUAUUAUAUAUAUAUGCUUGUCAACUCUAUUUUGCUCAAACAUUCUGCGGUUUUUGCCUUGUUGUUUUGAAUGAAAUCUUUUAAGUUUUAAGGCAACUUUUUGAGGCUAACACUUUUUUUAUUCAAUUAUUUUUAAUUAAUCCAGCCACCUCUGCAAUCUGACAUUCUUGCUGAUAAAAACGUUGCUUGUUUAAGCUCUCUAAUACAUGUAUCUAUAGUUCGCUAUCUGGCCUAUAGCUUGAUCGAAGAUCUCUUUGAUAUAAUGAUCUUUAUUAAUAUUAUGCUGUAUGUUAAUUUUUAGCCAUUGAUGUUACUGACAAUAAUGACGUCAAAAACAGUAAUGAUAAUAAUGAUGCGAGGGGCCAAGAAAGUAAGUUACUACCACAGGCAUACGAACGGGUUAAGUUAGAGCCGAGCUCAGUUCCCCUCAGCACAUUUGGUGUCAUGGUCACCACGCUUGCCUUUCAAACUGGGAGACUCGGUUUCAAUCAUUAGUCGGACCUCCACUUAAUUGAGGUCUGAUAAUAAUUCAGGAGAACAUGAUAUCUCUAUACACUGCAUGGCAUCAGUAAAUGGUUAGACUUUCGCGUCUUCUCGGAUAAACGUUAAAUUCGUAGGUACCUCGCAUGCCUUAUCAAUUGAACAAUAUACAAUCACUCGCCAAUGAGUGAGAAACUGAAUAAACUGAAACUCAAAGGGAAAACACUAAAUAUGAAGCUGUCAAUUCUUUUUUGCAAAGUAUGACAUUCACUGAGCCGGGACAAACCAAAUCAAGUAGCUAGUAACAAAUCAAGUAACAAAAUUAAAAUAAUUCAAGUAUUAUUAUAUUUUCCUUGCGAUAGUAACUUCUAGUUAUAAUAUAGGUGAUGUAAAUAAGUAUAUAAUAAUAGUAUUAUAUAUAUAUGCUUGUCAACUCUAUUUUGCUCAAACAUUCUGCGGUUUUUGCCUUGUUGUUUUGAAUGAAAUCUUUUAAGUUUUAAGGCAACUUUUUGAGGCUAACACUUUUUUUAUUCAAUUAUUUUUAAUUAAUCCAGCCACCUCUGCAAUCUGACAUUCUUGCUGAUAAAAACGUUGCUUGUUUAAGCUCUCUAAUACAUGUAUCUAUAGUUCGCUAUCUGGCCUAUAGCUUGAUCGAAGAUCUCUUUGAUAUAAUGAUCUUUAUUAAUAUUAUGCUGUAUGUUAAUUUUUAGCCAUUGAUGUUACUGACAAUAAUGACGUCAAAAACAGUAAUGAUAAUAAUGAUGCGAGGGGCCAAGAAAGUAAGUUACUACCACAGGCAUACGAACGGGUUAAGUUAGAGCCGAGCUCAGUUCCCCUCAGCACAUUUGGUGUCAUGGUCACCACGCUUGCUUUCAAACUGGGAGACUCGGUUUCAAUCAUUAGUCGGACCUCCACUUAAUUGAGGUCUGAUAAUAAUUCAGGAGAACAUGAUAUCUCUAUACACUGCAUGGCAUCAGUAAAUGGUUAGACUUUCGCGUCUUCUCGGAUAAACGUUAAAUUCGUAGGUACCUCGCAUGCCUUAUCAAUUGAACAAUAUACAAUCACUCGCCAAUGAGUGAGAAACUGAAUAAACUGAAACUCAAAGGGAAAACACUAAAUAUGAAGCUGUCAAUUCUUUUUUGCAAAGUAUGACAUUCACUGAGCCGGGACAAAUCAAAUCAAGUAGCUAGUAACAAAUCAAGUAACAAAAUUAAAAUAUUUAUGCUUGUAAAGAAUAUUCGGAGUGACUAUAAUAUUCAAAGUUUCUUUGUUGAGAUAUUUAGCGAUGUUUGAUAUGCAAACUGUCCUUAUACUAUGACGUCACAUUGGAUGAUAGCUUUCCGAAAAACGUUUAAAACUCUUAUAGAUAUUUAAUUCAAAGUUGUUGGCAUAUACGUACGACGUAUAUUUAUAGUAUGCACGAUAUCCUAAGAUUUUAAAGUUUUUUUUCAUGACUGCAGUGAAGAAAACCCAAAAUGACCAAAUAAGACAUUUUGCCAAGCUAGUCUUUUAGCUUGUUUCAUUCUUGAGAUACUCGAUAACUUCUGAUAUUAUUAAUAAUAAUAAUAUCAAAAGAUAUUAUUAAUAAUAAUAAUAUCAAAAGUUAUCUAAUAUCUCAAGAAUGAAACAAGCUAAAAGAGCUUGGCAAAAUGUCUUAUUUGGUCAUUUUGGGUUUUCUUCACUGCAGCCAUGAAAAUUGAAAUUUUAUUUUACUAGCACUCAACAUUCUUACAAUAACGACAUAACUUUGUAUGCCAGCCCACAAAUAUAAUCUUCUUCAUUUUAGAGAGGAGCUGGGGUUACUCUGGUUGGUGGCGUGGUAGCCGUCGCUAUGGUAACAGAAAGUAUAGAUAUUACAGAACAUAUCAUAGACCAUCGUAUCGCUAUAAUUACAAUCAUGGUACGUACAUUGUCAUUGUAUAUGCAAUAGUCUUUAUAUACAGAAAUUUUUAAUAAAUCUUUUACAGCCGAUUUAGGUUAAGCGUUUAAUUAAAUGGAAUUUCAAUCAUUUUUAGGUUGGGGAAAAAAUUAUAGAUAUCGAAAGCCCACCAUGCGACCAGCGACCACAACUCCCAAACCAACAACAACUCCAAAACCACCAACAACAUCAAAAUCAGAACUUCGUAAGUUGAUUGCCUGGAAUUGUUGUAAUUACAGCACUUAUGCAUGCGCAAAGAAUUUGCAUUGACGACAAAAUACAAAAUGGCCAAACAAGAUACUUCGGCAAAUUAUCUUAGAUUGCUUCGUUCUUGAGAUAUUAACGAUUUUUAUAUGCAAAUUAUCCUCACUAUGACGUAACAUUCCAUAUUGGCUUUCUGAAAAGAUCUUGGGAUAUCGUUUCGUGUCUUGAUAUCAUAAAACCUUGCGUACGUGUUAUGUCAACAUACUACAAAUAUGUGUUGUAUGUCGACAAAUUUGAAUGAGUUAUCCAUAAGCUAGAAUUAUUAAUUUUUUUUUUUCAGAAAGUCAUGAUACAUUUUGGCGUUAUAUAGUGAGGAGAAUUUGCAUAUCAAGCAUUGUUAAAUAUCCCAACAAAGAAACAAGCUAAGAUGGUUUGGCAAAGUAAUUUUUUUACAGUACAGGCAUAAAGAAUGAUAUAAUGAAAAUUGUUUGAAUGCCCACUAAAACCCCAUAUAGUUGUUUUUUGUUUUUCUGUACCAAACCUGGAUCAGUCAAAGAGAAUUCUUGUCAUGUACUUCUUUUAAUAAAAGGGCAGGUAUGGUUGUAGGUAUGGUACACGAUCAAAAUUGUGUCGGAAAAGGUCAAGUCGGAAAAACCACUCAAGUCUGAAAAACGAGUGAAUUUGCACGAGAAACCAUACUAUUAUUUAUUAUAAUAGAAAUGAAAAAAAUAUACAGAAGCAAAUUCACGGUCUCUUUUUAUAGCUUGCAUGCAAAAAUUACAUGCGAAAUAAAUAAUUUCCUUGCCCAUUUAAAUGCUGGAAUAAAUUUAAAACAAGUUUUGUACUGUCAAAAGUGAAAACUUUUAAAGAUCAAAAUGUCUUUGGUUUUGGCUCAUGCUACCUUUUUUUCUUUUUUGACACUGUAUUUCGGAAAAUUCUCUUAGCCAAUCAGAAUCGAGUAAUUUUUCAUGUAUAUUUUUAGUAUAAAACAAAUCGUGCCCGUUCUAUUUUGUUGAAUAAUUUGCAGAGUAAACUACGCACAUGUUUACUCCACAGGGUUUUUUGGUUGUUGUUUAUAUCUAAAUAAUCCGGUGUAUUUUUAUAACAUAAUAAUAUGCUAAUUCAGAGUUGAAGAUCGAAUAGGCAUGCGUAAUAAAACAUAAGACAAAAGGAAAAUAAUUAAUGAGGAAUGUGAUACUUGAGUAGCGAUAUAUGAAUAUUCCUCAUUAAUUAUUUUCCUUUCGUCUUAUGUUUUAUUACGCAUGCCAAUUCGAUGUACAAUGAAAGGUGAUAGCUUUUCAAGCGCGCACACUUGGAGGAAAUGUUCAUUCGUGACUGAAAUUACUCAACAUGUUGAAUAUUCGGUGCCGAUGGCACGUGUGGCUGAAAUCGCUCAAAACGCCAACGCACACUGGGGGAAAUUGCUUACGCCAACAGUCACGAGUGACGCUCAGCUCAGCUGAUAUCUCCAGUGUGCGCCGGGCUUAAGUCCCAGCUACAUGUUAUUAAUAGUUCAACUUCAAUUUAUCCCGACGCAGAAUGUGUCAAUAAUUGCUUAUUGUUUUUACUUAAUUUUUUCAGAAUGCAAAGAGGGCCAUACUGUUGUUGACAAAUGUCAACAGUCGUGUACAUGCCGCGCUGGGAAGAUGAAGAACUGUUACCGAGUGAGAGGAGAAUUCACUCACAUCCCCAAGAAAGAACGUCUUCGUUACUUACAAGCUGUACUCGCCAUCUCCACUCAGGCGCAAUACAAGAAAAGAUAUGAAGCAUUACUAGAGAUACACAGGAAAUAUUUCCGCACCCCUAUCCAUAAGGCACCCAAUUUCCUCCCUUGGCACCGUUGGUUCCUUUUACAGUACGAAAAUCUCUUACGUGAG